AUGGCAAUCCCAUCAAACCACCCCAAAGUAACCCUCUACUGGCUCAACGAAUCCCGCGCCCACCGUGUCCUCUGGCUCCUCGAAGAACUCAAAAUCCCCUACGAACUAAAAACAUUCAAGCGAGGCGCCGACAAACUCGCCCCCAAACCACUCAGAGACAUACAUCCGCUGGGCAAAGCACCAAUCGUCACGAUCGAAACACCAAAUUUAGAUUCGGAUUCACCGUUGGUGCUAGCUGAGUCGGCGUUUAUCGUUGAGUAUUUCCUUGAUCAUUUUGGUGGGAGUCAUCUUAUCCCGAAACGCUGGAAGGAUGGGCAAGAAGGAAAGGUUGGUGGUGAGAGCGAGGAGUGGUUGCGGUAUCGGUAUUAUCUGCACUAUACGGAGGGGAGUCUGAUGCCGAAUUUGGUUAUGAAGGUUGUUACGAAUGUCCUCCGAACCGCCCCACCACUCAUCGUCAGAGGGAUCUUCAGCUUCGUCGCCUCCAAAAUCGAAGAAAAUUUCCUUACCCGCAACUUUGCAGACCAUUUCGAUUUUCUAGAGAACCAGCUACGCACGGCGCCUGGCGGCGGGAUAUAUCUUACAGGGCCGCAGCUUACGGCGGCGGAUAUCAUGAUGAGUUAUCCGGUUAUUGAAAGUAUGACGAGGGUUAUCGGUGUGCAGAGGGGGUUUGAGAGGGAUAAGUAUCCACGAAUCAAAGCUUAUGCGGAGAAGUUGCAGGAGAGUGAUGGGUAUAAGAGGGCUGUUGGGAAGAUUGUGGAGGUUACGGGGGAGUUUGUGGCUUGUUGA